UUAUAUUUGACGUUUUACAGCAUAGAUGUGUUGGACCAGGCUUUCAGUACCAAAGACAGAAGGCCACCAUGAUUGGGCAUAAAUGUAUGCAGGAAUGAGGGUCAGUGGGGUUUGAUACAGUAGAAUAUCAUAUCAGUAUCAUACACUUCAUAAUUACUGUUUUUAAACAUGUUGCUUUAAAUCAUUGGAAUUUUAAUGAAGCAAUAUUUAACAAUACAGACAGAAAACCUUUUAUCUUACAUAUUUCAGUUUAAGUGCUGUGUCUUAUACAGUACAACAUCAGGCUUUAGUCAAAAGUGUCACUUUGUGUUGAACAGUGGGGGAGAAAUAAGGGAUGAGAUUAGAAAAAAAACACUAAAUGGUCUUCAACAUAUAGUAUGUGGUAUUUGGGUGAUGUAAUGAGGGGAUCAUAGGUCAGAGUAGAUGAUUAUGACAGGAAAAAAAUGUAAUAAUGUGGCAUCAAAAUGAAUUGUGUCUCAUGUGUUAUUUAACAUUGCUUGUUUUUUUAACAUUUAGCAUAAAUCUAAACUAAUUAUGCUCUUUAAAAAGUGUCUCCCAAAGUAAAUGACGUCUGUGGUUUUCAUUGUCACACAUCGAAUUUUGUAGCUGAGAAUUGCUCUUUGGUCAAACAUAGAUUUCACAAUAAAAGCUGUAAAUGCCUUGUCGACAAAAGGCAAUUAAGAAGCUACAACAAAUGAUUCCAUACAUGUUGGGACACUGUGUAAACCAUGAGUAAAAUCAGAUUGUGAUGAUUUGCAAACAAAUUGUUUUUACUGACAAAGUGUGUUUCACAAAGUGUUGAAACAUGUUGCUGAGAUCAAAGUCUUAAUGAAUACAUCUGAAAAUAAACAAUGAAACUGAUGAGGUAAAACAUUAAAUAUGUUGUCACUGCGAUGUUUUUAAUUGAUUAUGUCAAAAACGAUAAGCAAAUCAACACAUUCUGUUUCAUUACUGUUCCACAUAGUCUCCCAAACUCUUCUAAAAUCGAGGUUGUAGAACGUGUUAGAGUCAGUGGUAAUAAGUGUGUCACUCCUUAGACUUGAACAACCUCUUCAAAGUUAAUGUGGCAUCUGCAGCGUUCUAACUUUAGCUGCUGCUGCUAAGGCACCGCACGAUGGCAGAAGCAUAAAUGGCUAAAAUUAGUACAAGUGACAGGAGCCAGUGACCACAGGCCUAACUGUACCAAGUGAUGUUGCAGCAGGACAGUAAACAGGUCAGAACCAUGCCCUACGUUAUAAGAUGUCAGCGUUGUCGGUGUGAAAUGUGCUCACAAGGCUCUGGUGACAUAUAUACUCGUCUCUCUCGCUUUAUCCCAGAUGCAGAAAACAAAGAAAGCCUGUCCAAGAAUGGCAUCACCCACAUCCUGUCUGUGUACAACAAUGCAAAGCCCGUGUUUGAGGAUAUGACGUACCUUUGUAUUCAUGCAGCUGACGCUUCCAGCCAGAACCUAUUACAACACUUUAAAGAGUGCAUCAGCUUCAUCCAUGAAUGUCGACUCAACGGUGGCUCUUGUCUCGUUCACUGCCUUGCAGGUGUGUCUCGCAGCACCACCAUGGUGGUGGCCUACCUGAUGACUGUCACCCACUACAACUGGGAAGAGUGUCUGACUGCAGUCAAGGCUGUACGCUCCUUCGUCGGCCCAAACUAUGGCUUCCAGCAGCAGCUGCAGGAGUACCAGACAACACAAGUCUCAGAGUACCGGGCUUGGUUAAGGUCCAGUUUCCGUCCCAGUCCAUUCAAUGACCAGGAGCAGGUGGGCGCCCUGCUGAGCCAGUACACAGAGCAACAGGAGAGCCAGAGGAGGGGAGCAGACCAGCGCUGGAUAAAUCAAGGUGUCUCCGCUCUGCCGUCCGACCCUGAUGAUCCUGAAGGCAGCAGCUGAAGCUGACAGGCCUCAGGUCAUACCAUGCCCAAUGCUGUCUGUAAAUGGCAGUAGUUAUUAUUCUGUAGUCAAUUCCAAAUCAACCCCAGGUUGAAUCCACCUUAAAGGCCUUUGUACACCUAUCAUAAAGCAAGACUGAUGUUUUAUACUUUUAUUUGCACCCCUCUAGUCGUUUUGAAGCGAUGGAGGUUGAUUUAGAAUUGGGCUACAGAUCUUCUCCACUACCAGUGCCGCCCAUGCUCCUUUAACAGAGUACAGCCACAACCUGGGUAUCGGUGCUCACGGACGCCUUACUCUAAACACCUCAGCACCUUAGCCAUGAUGAAUAAACUAAACGUCCAUGUGGACUCUUCGCACCUGCAGUGUUCGGCUCGGUAGCCUUAAAGAAAUGACUAAUUAAUGUGGUCUUAAAGGAACAUUUCGUCUUAAAUCUUACAACCAGUUUGAUGCCAGUUGUUCCGACGAGUACCAGUUUGUAGUCCAGUCCUGGCUCUUAAUUGUGAACUCUUUGAUUAACACUGCCAUACAUCUUAUAGAAAUCAAAGAUUACUCCUCGCUUGUCCAAAUGUGCAAACACUACUGACAUUAAAAUACACAAUAACCCAACAAUAGUCAAUAUAUAAUCAAGAGUCACUAGUAAACAAGCUAGCCACUUACAGAUGUUAUAACAAUACAUAUAUCACAGCAUUUGUUUACACCCAUUUAAUCAAUUCUUUUAAUUUCAUCCACCUGUAGGAACUGGCAAUGUAAAUGAAAAAGUUGAGAAAACUCAUGAAUUCAAGGUAACUGUCUUCACUAAAUGAGUUGUUAGUUUUAAAUAAAACUCAAAUAAACUGAAAAAUGUUAUUUAAUCUUUUAUUGAGAAAAUUUACUUUUUCUACUUAAAAUACUGUUCACAGCAAGCUGUGAACCCAAUGUGUCACUAUUUGGGUUACUUGAAAUUAAAUUGUUGCAAUUAAAAAUGUUGAAUCGUUAACCAUUUUUUACUAUGAGUUUUCUCAUCAGUUUUUGGAAAACUUUAGAAACAACAACAUUUGCUGUUGGUUAGUAUUUUUUUUAAGAAGAAGACAAGAAAAUUAUCUCAACAACAGAUUGUAGGUUGGCAGGAAUGUUUUUCAAAACUUGAGAUAACUCAAAGAUUUUGUAAAGACGCGAAUUACGAGUUUACAACUUUUUCAGUUCCCUGCCAACCAAACUGUUGCUGCAUUAUCUCUUAUCAGGCCAGAGCUAAGAUAAGCUGGGGGAAGGGUUUGCUCGUAAACUAGGCUGCUUCACUUGGCUACAAAAAUUAGUGACUAUUUAAACACACGAAGCAAGGAGUAACAUAUCAAGUAUGUUUCAAAAUUGGGGCAAAAUGUUCCUUUAAGUAAUCCCUUUAAGCUACAUAUAGUAUGGCUGAGUAAAAACUACACAUGAAGGAUGUCUGCAGUCCAGUUGCUUAAGUCUUCCUGAUUUCACUGAAGCUCGGAUUUUGUCUUUUUAAUGUGCUGAUUUUUACUUAAGCUGUGUUUAAAGAAUUGUGGGUACAGUUGAUUGUAUUAAUUGCAUAUUUAUCGUGUUUUUUUUGUUUGUGUUUUGUAAUAAAAUGCAGUGACUGACGAAAAAAAUGGAAAUACUAAUAAACCUGCACUAUCAACACAA